AUGGUCGCGGGACCGCCUAGAGCUAAUGAUGGAGCGGAGCCUACUACCUCUACUCUGCGCGGGCCCCGUUCCCUUGCGCUAGCGCAGACUCGAGACGAUCAAGUGCACAUAGCUCACGAGGACGAGAUCCAGAACGCAAAGACGGAGCUCAACGCCAUUUGGGGAAGCAGAGCGUACAGAAUCACCAUUGCGUACAUCAUCCAUCCCGAUCGUGAAGCUUGGCUGGCCCACUUUGUCAGUUGUCUGGCCAAGAUUGCGAAGGGCCCUGCGACCGCUUCUUCGGAAAGCGCGCCACCGACGGAUGUACAGCCCGAUACGGAGCAGUCCCCACGCCUAUUUCAACACGUCAGCUAUAACUGUACAAAGUGGUUCCGGAUCGAGGGUGGUGGUACCAUGUAUGGGGUACAGCUACCUGUAGAUGAAACUUCCACCAAGUUCAGUCUUCCUGCUGGUGCUAAGCUCUGGACCGCCAACUUCUCCAAAGUCUCUGUACUUGCGGAUGAUGGGUAUAGGCCUGCAUCGGAGAGUGACCUCAAGAUAGACUCUAUUCUACCCUAG